AUGGAGCGGGAUGAACGACUGAAACGCAUGAAGGAAAAACGCGAAAAGGAAGACAAACGUAAACACGACGAAGAGCGAAAGAAGCAAACGAAGGAAGAAAGGAAACAACCCCCUGAGGGACGCGACGAGCGACAAAAGGACUCUGAAAGAAAAGAUGGGCGAGGGGAUGAGCGGCGGGAUGGGGCGAAGACUGAACGGCGAGAUGAGCGAGAUGAACGGCGAGAUGACCGAAAGAAUGAUCGAAGAGAUGAGCGGGAAGAGAGAAGAGGCGACCAUGACCGCUAUCGCAAGCGCGAUGACCGAGACAGAUCUUCUCGCCGCGAUUAUUCAGAUACUGAUAGCGACGACGGAUGGGAAAGAGUCAGGAGAAGGCGGUACAGAUAUGAAUUUAUCUAUUAA